CACAAAUAUUCCCCCGCCAACCUCAACCAGAACACAACGCAUAUAUACAAGAAAUGUGUACCAAACGUCCAUCUGGCCCCUUCUUCUUCGGGGGAUCGCAACGUUGGUCCUCCACCGAUUGGACCUCCUCCGAUGACCGUGUCCGCGGUGGCUCUUCGCAAUCUCACCUCACCAUCAACGACGACACCAACACCGCUACCUUCCACGGCAAUCUCGACAUCAAGACCCUUGGCGGAGCAGGCUUCGCCUCGCAACACACAGCCAGUACCACCGACUUAUGGGAUCUGAGUAGCUACGCUGGACUGGAACUCUCUAUCCCUAAAAGUGAUGGACACACGUACACCUUGAAUUUGAGAGAUGAGUUGCAGGAUCCUCGACCGGAUGGGCGCCAGCGGAGCGGGUUGGUGUGGGAAGCGAAGUUCAAGGUCGAGAAGGGGCAGACGAAGGUAAAAUUGGGGUGGAGGGAGUUUCGGCCGACGUAUCGUGGGAGGGAGGUGCAUAUGGGGAGACCCUUGAUCUUGGCGGGGGUGAAGCAGUUUGGGAUUAUGAUUCGGAGUUUCUUCGGGGAACAGGAAGGGGAUUUCGAAUUAGAAAUAGAGUGGAUCAGGGGCAUCAAGAAAGAAAAGGAACGGUAUAGGGAUGACCCUAAUGAUUAUGAGGAUGAUGGGGAAUAUGUUGAUGAGAAGCAUUUUAGCGACGAUCAAGAAAGCAAGGGCCUAGGAUGGCUAUGCUGCUGGUGAUUAUGCUAUAUUACCUCUUUAUCAUGAGACAUCAAUAAACGCCAAAUUGAACAACC